AUGAUAUCAAGUUUAAUAUUCUUUGGUUUAAUACAAACAGCUCUUGAAAUGUGUCAACUAGUUUUGAAUAUCUUAUUACGAGAUACACCAACAGAUUAUAAUACAAUUUAUAAAAAUUAUUUUGCUUUAUCUCAAAUAUACAGAAACCGGAAAGAAUGGAGAAAAGCAAUUCUAUGUGCAACGAAAGCAAUUGAAACAAAACGUCUUUGUCAUAUAACAGAUCAAGAUAGUAUUCGUCUAUUGGAAAAUCAGAUCGAAUCAUUAAAAUGGAAAAUGAGUAUUGAUACAAGAGAAAGAUCUGACAAAAGCUCAAUUGAUUUUUCUCCACAAGAAAUAAUUGAAGUUUGCACGUACAAUCCUGAGCACGAAUUAUUUGCAUUUGAUCUCUCGGAACUUGAACGGAAACCUGAAAAAGUAACAGAAUCCUUGGUUACAGAUGAGAUGUUAAAAGAAAUCGCGGGUCUACUAUUAAAAGAUCUGAUCGAUGAACGUCAUUAUACAGGUGAUAGCGAGUGCAGAGUUACUAUUGCAAUUGCUUUUAAAUUAGCACAAAUGAACACGAGUUCAUUGUCGCCAGCAAUGAUCGAAGCAGCAUUGACAAUACUUAUUGAUCGAGUGAAUGAUCCUGACACAUAUGAAGAUUACUUGACUAGAGUAAUGAGAAUAUCGCCGUUUAACAUUUGGUAUUCAGAUGAACAUGGCAUCCGUAUUUUUCGAUAUCAGCCAAAAUCCAAACAGUUACAAAAAUAA